AUGGCUUAUGGGCUCAACCUUGCGGGGGCGCACCGGGAGCAGCAAGAUGCCAUUCGCGGUGCCAAAGACAAGGACAGCGCAGGUGACAUCGUCAUGAUGGAUCUGGAGGAUGAUUUAGAUGAUGGAGCAGAUGAUGUUGGCGCCGAUCAGGACGACGAGAACGAGCAGGCGGCCGGGCCGCAGCCCGACCCCGUGGACUAUGAGCUGCUCAUCAGCGUGGCUCACGGCCUGGGCAGGUGGAUGCAGGACACAACCACCGGACAAAAAGUCUACGUAAAGGACCAGGACUGCAUAGUCAAGGUGUUGACCUACCUGACCAUGCCCGUGGACCCCGCCACAUCCAAACCGGAGAUCCAGGAGGGGUUCGUUCGGGACGUGAAGGAAGCCAUGUUGCAGCCGGACGCCCUGGUUGCCGUACUGGGCCUGAUCGCCGAGCCCCUGGCCGCCCACCCCCGCCUGAGUCCUGAGCAGCAGGGUGCCGUACAGCUGGUUCUGGUUCUGCUCCGAAACCUUUUGGCGGUGCCGGACGAGCGGCCCUCCCCCACCCUGGCUGCGGGGUCUUCUAGAACCCGGCUGCAGGCCUCCCUGCUGUCGCUGCUCUUUUCCGAGAACAUCCUGGAGCUGCUGCUGCUGGUGGCGCAACACGGCACCCAGGCGCCCCUGCGGAGAGAGAUGCCGACGCUGCUGGAGAUAUUGUACGACACAUACAGAAAUGUCACUCCGCAACAGCUGCUGGCAGCAAAGCCACCGCCGCCACCACGGGCGGCGCAACAGCAGCGAAAGCAGCAGCCAGCGCCGCCGAAAGCGCCGGCGGCCCCUACCGGCGCCGCCGCAGGCGGCGGCGGCGGCGGCGGCGUCCGCCCAUCGCUGGCCGCUUUCCAUUCCACAGUAGCUGCUCAGUUGCGGCGGCAGCAGCUGGCUGCAGCUGCCAAGCUGCGGGGAGCCCCGGGGGGUGCCGGUGUGGUGAUGUCCCGCCCGGGGGCUGCGGGGGGGCGGUUCGUGAUCGCGCACGCCGACGACCCCGGGCAGCGGCGGACCUUCCUGGCGAGACCCGCUGCGGGCGGCACUGCGGCCACGACAGUGAAGCAACAGAUCGUGGAGGCACCACCCAAACUGGACGGUGGAAGCCGCUCCGGGGCCUCCGGCUCCUCAUCUGGUUCGUCCUGGGCCGUACGGGAUGCCGUACUGCUGUGGAAGCUUCGUUGCUUCGCGGAUGAUCUGUUGGAGAGCGGGUACAACCAGGUUAUGGAGGUCAUCCGCCGCGAUGUGUCGGCGGGUGUGGGUGAGGCUCAGGCGGCGGCAGGCGGCACCAUGGGCUGGGACACCUUCCACCUGGUUUGCAAGUUGUGGGUGGAGCAGGCGGACACCAGUGCUAAGCUGAGGGACUGGGAGCUGCAGGCCGUGUCAAUGCGGUUGCUGUGUGAGAUGUUGGCGGUGUUGACUACUGCCUUGGAGCGGGGGGGGUUUCUGGUUCGUGCCAAGAAGCGGCGCGGUGGGGUCGGCAAGAGGAAGAAGCAGCAGCUCGAGCAGGAGGAGGGGGAGGGGGAGAAGGAGGGGGACGCCGGGGAGGGGGAGGGGGGAGAGGGGGGUGAAGGAGGAGGCGAGGAGGGCGAGGGGGGGAAGAGGGCUGGUGGCAGUGGCAAGGCCCCCCUGGACGAGCUGGAGGAGGGCGAUGGCGGCGAUGAAGACGAUGACGAUGAUGAGGAUGAGGACGAGGACGACGACGCGGGGGGCGGUGGUGGUCGUAGGGGGCGAGGGGGGGGGGUGGAGAGGCCCCUGGACCUGACCUCCAAGAUCCGCGGCAAGCUGGCCCAGCCCGCCGUCAUCUACUUUGCCGUACAGCUGCUAGCCUGCUACCGCUCCCUGCCCCCCGAGGUGCCUCGCGCCAUAGCGUCCUUGUUGUACCGCAUAGCGGGCAAGGAACAUCUGGAUAUGGAGCCCCUGCUGUACCAGGUCUCCGUACUCCGCGUGUUCUACAUGCUGCUGUCCGACCCCGACCUGCGCUCCCCCAGCAAGCUGCCGUACUACCAGGGGGUCCUGCUGCUAGCCACCAGGGUGAUGCUCCGAAGGCGAUUCAUGAAGACGGUCCGGGUUGGCAACGGCCGCAGCAAACGAAGCGGCCAGGCCGGCCAGGCUGCUGGCAACGACGGCGGCGGCGGCCGCGGUGGCUUGCGGCUCAAUGCCGCUCAGGAAGCCCUCUUGCUGUCGUUGUUUGAGCGGCACAACGCCUCGAAGCACAACGCUGAUCUCAUUUUGGAGGGCAUGAAGCGGGGGGCAGGCGAGAAGGAGGCGGCGGGUGAGGCGGCGGGUGCCGGCGGUGUGGAGAUGAGCCUGGGUCAGCUGAUGCGGCAGCUGAAGAAGAUGGGGCUGAGGUUCAAACAGCUAACGGAGAACCAGAUCUCCCGCCUGAGCUCCCUCCACUCGCGGUAUCGUACCGACCCGGACUGCCAUCUGAUGAUCGCCGCACAACUACCUGGCGGUUGGACGAGCAAGGAUAUCAAGAGGUUGCUGGUCAAACAUGGAAUGGAACAGGUUCGCCGCCGGGGCACCCGUCGCGAAGAGGUCUCAGGCUCAGAGGCAGGCAGUGACAGUGACAGCGGUGGCGGUGAGGACGGCGAAGACGACCCCGACGUAGCUGCUCUGGACGAGGAGGAGCUGGGGGUGCUGUGGGAGGAACACGGAGGCUCUCCGGAUGCGGCGGCGAAGAUUGCCGCGGCUCUGAUCAGUCCUGUUCCUGCCGCGGCGGUGACGAAGAAGCUCCGACAAAUGGGGCUUAUGAAGCGCGACAAGCAGAAGCGGCGGAAAGGGGCAGGGAGGGAGGGUGGGGAAGAGAAGAGGAGGGGGAGCAGGAGGGGAGGUGGAGGGGAGGUGGAUGUGGCGGCUUUGCGGAGGCUAUACGAGGAACAUAAGGCCCGACCCGACCACCUGAAUGUGAUUGCGGCGUUUCUGCCCGGAGGCAAGACCGUCAAGCAGGUCCAGCGGCUGCUCCGGGCUCACGGCCUGCUGGACGACGAGUCGAUUCGUCGCAAGCGGGCCCGCGACGCCGCCGAGCGCACCCGCCUGGUGGCCCUUUACCAACAGACCCGUGGGUCGGCGGGGGAUCAGCUAGAAGCCAUGGCGCGCCUCAUGCCCGAUCUGGCGGGGGGGCCCCGGCAGGUGGCCAAGUUGCUGCGGAAGCACGGGCUGACGGCGGCCCCGGAGGGGGCGGGGCGGGGGAGGGGGAGGGGAAAGGGGGGAAGUGGCGGCGGGGAGGAAGAGGAGCUGCAUCAGCAGGGUGAAGAUGAAGAGGGGGAGAGGAGAGGAAAGGGCCCGAGGGCGGCUGGUGGCGGCAGCGGCGGCGCAGAGGAGCAUUCUGGCGGAGGGGCUAGAUCCACCAAAGUACGGGAGCCGGAUCCAGAUCGGAUCCUGCAGGCACUGGCCGGGAUCCAGGAUGCGUACGACGCUGACGGUCGCUGGAUGAGCCCACAUGCCGCUGCGGCCUGGGUGACUAAGCAGCUCACCGCCGCCGAGUCGUUGUGGCAGUUGGCGGGUGGCGCCACGUCGGACUACUGUCUGGUGCUGACGUGUGACGAGGAUGAGGACUUCUUCAUGACGGAAUACGCGCAUGACCGGCCCUCAUCUAGUCCCCACUUCCUGCACCCCCAAUACACACACACACACACACACACGAUUCCCCACAUCCCACAUCUCCCAUAUCCCAACCCAGCCCUCAAUCACCUAAACAACAACCCAUCCCCCCCACACCUCAAACCCCUCUCCCCUCUCCCCUCUUCCCCCGAUAAUGAUAAUGAUGAUGAUGAUGAUGACAAUGAUCGAGGUGGCGGCGCUGAUGGAGAUGAAGGCAGUGGUGGUGGCGGUCGCCAUGUGGUCACAGGGCACCAGGGAGCCCAGGGCAGGGCCAGGGGCAAGGCCAGGGCCGCGGGCGCACGGGCUCAAGGGAGGGCGAAGAAGAGGUCCUCCAAGUCCAAGUCCGAGGUGGGAAAGCAGGAAGAGGAGCAGGAGGAGGAGGAGAAGGAGGCGGCUGCCGGCGGCACAGAGCACCCCCGGGGGAGGACGAGGCGGCUGCCGGAUGCGCUGGGGGGCAGCAGCGGCAGCGAGGGCGAAGGCGACCGGCCCACGGGUCGCAACCGCACGGCACCGGCCACUGGACAGCCACCUGGCCGCAAAGGCGGCCGGGAUGUGGGGCCGGCUGGCGGUGCUGGUGCCGGUGGUGGUGGUGGUGGUGGUGGUAUGGCGGUAGGGGCCUCAGACGGGGGGCCCGGCGAGGGCGGUGUUGGGGGGGAUGCUGAUGCUCGGCGACGUGCACUGGCUGAGAUCGCCCGGCGGCGGCAGGAGCAGGCGAGGCGGCAGCAGGAGCUGAUCAAGGGUCAAAGCUGCGGAACGGUAAAAAACCCCGCACACGCCUAUAGUAUCUCUGUUAGGAGCUGA